AUGUCGAAGAAAGACACCCCCACGGCCUCUGCGCCCGGCGACGCGCCCUCGACCGACAACCAAUGGACCGGGCCCACAGCCACGCGCUUCGAAAACAAGGCGUACAGCGAGUACUUUGACCCGUGCCAAGAAGCGGCGAACAAGAGCAUCCGGUGUCUCAACCGCAACGGCGGCGACAGGGAGAUGUGCAGUGACUUCUUCCAGGCGUAUCGGGAUUGCAAGGAGCAGUGGACGGCGGCGCGGAAGGAGGCGCGGAGGAAGAGCAGUUGGUUUGGGUAG